CAGAUGCGUUAGAAAGGCAAACUUUUGGGUUGUCACUGAGAAGAACAGAAGUGUGGAAAAGACGCGCAGGAAGACGGAGUGUGAAUAAUGUCUGAAUCACAGUUUCUUCAACACACUCCGGGAGAGGGCUGGACGGCGUCUUCUCAGACACGUGGAAGAGGAAAUAACCUGUAGAUUUCCCCUGUGAACAAAAACACCCGCGUUUAGGGCUUUUUUCAACAUUCAGCUGUCCGAGACGCUUCAUGGAGCUGACAGCUCAGUCUCACGGAGCGGUUUGAGGGCAGCUGUGACUGAGAGAACUCGAGGGGACGGAGCGGAAAGAUGCAGGAAGACCCUGUGUACGAUUAUCCGGACCCCCAGCUGGUGGGCGAGAGGCGGGCAUGUCCUCAGAGAGGCUCUCUGAAGAGCAUCAGCGUGCUGGACCGCCUGCUGCUCACAUACCCUGUGUGGCUCCAGCUGUCCAUCAACUCAGCCACAGCCCUUCACAUCCUGCAGCGCGAGCCCCCUGGGACCUUCCUGGUGCGAAAGUCCAACACAUCGCAGAAGAAAAUGCUGUGUGUCAGGCUGGCAGAUGACAGCAUGCCAUCUUUUGUCAAGCAGUUUGUCAUCCGAGAGAAGGACUCAACCUUCUCCUUGGAGAGCUCAGCUAUCAGUUUUCCAGAUCUCUGCAGACUCAUUGCCUUCUAUUGUGUCAGCCGGGAUGUUCUUCCCUUCACACUGGAGUUGCCAGAAGCCAUAGCCAAGGCUUCAUCCCACAAACAGCUUGAAUCCAUCUCUCAUAUGGGUGUGGAGUUCUGGAGUUCGCAGUUGAACUUCCGAGGUCCUCGUAAUGGUCCUCCACCAGUACCUGAUGCACCCGUAAACCCAGAUCCUACUCCAAAUCCCAUCCCGAAAGACUGUGGCACGUCUACAAGCACAAGCUUGACCUUGUUCCAGGAGUUCUGCCCGAUUCAAACACGAAGUCCCUCUGAGCUUGAUCUGGGGGCAGGCCAGGGGGCUUUGUGCUUUAUAAAUCCACUUUUUCUGCAAGAGCACCCUGUCCGCGGUGCCAUGCAUAAACGGCAUCACUUCAAGCGCAGCUUUAAGGUUCGUGUCUCCACUGAAAACUCCAGCUCACUCUCACCACCCGUCUCCCCACCACCACCUCCACCAGUGCUUGCAAAAGCCAAGAGUAAAGGAAUGUCUGUGCCGCAGACUGAAGCGGUCCACACCAGUGAGGAAGCUAAAGAGAAAACAGAAGCUGCCGAGGCAGAUUCAGACUAUCUGCAGCCUUGUCCUGCCCUGCUGAAGAAGGGCUCUGCUAUGGUCAUCCCCACUCUCUCUCCUACUGCAGAGGAGGAUGACUACCAGUUGCCCAAAGCUCUGUUGCAGGCUGGUAAAAAAAUGGAGAGAGAAGAGGAAGAAGAGGAUGUGGCGGUAGGACUGGUCCUGGAACAAAGGUCUGCCCCGUCCCUCAGUGAGCUGGACAGCAGCAGCUCUCUCAGCAGCCUAGAUGAGACAGAAGAGUCUCCUGAGCGUCCUCCCCUCACGCGGGGCACCAGUAACCCAAUCAUGCCCUCACCUCAUCCUCCCCGCCAGUCGGUUUCUGCACUGCGCAAGAUGAGCGCAGCCUUCGUGUCCUUCUUUGUGCCGGGGAAGCGAGUGGCAAGGCUGGUUGAAGACCUUUCCCGUGACAGGUGUACGGCAUUUGGAACCCUUAUUCAGGACUUCUUGAGGGAGCAGAGGGAGGCGCUGAAGCUGCAGUCUCUGACGUCUGCUGUGGAGCUGCUGCAGGUUGUGCGUCUCUUUAUCAACCAGGCUAAGGUCUUUCUUCUGGAGUGUGGAGAACUUGAGCCCCCAAUUGAGACCCUAGUACCUGAAGAUGAGAAAGAUCAGACACUGGAAAAAGCCAUGUUCCGCUGUGUACUAAAGCCUCUGAAAGCACAGACUUAUGCAGCACUCCACACCUUGCAUGAGCGCGACGGCAGCUCUAAGAGGAUGGCUGAGAGUAUGCGGAGAGCCAGAGAGAACUCACCCCGUGACCUCUUCGGUGUGCAAGUGGCUGUUCCGGAUGCCCAUGGCAUAGAGAAGAUAAAGCAGAAGCUGUCUCUCAUGAAACGUGCAUAUUCACCAAUUGACAAAGUACAUUUGCUCCUGCAGAUCUGUAAGCUCAUCUAUAAAGCCAUGAAGAAUAAUACCGCACAGGAAUUUGGAGCAGAUAACUUCUUGCCAGCUCUUUCCUACGUGAUAGUGCAGUGCAACAUGCCUGAGCUUUUUCUGGAGGUGGAGUACAUGAUGGAGCUGUUAGAAACGCCUUGGCUUACAGGAGAGGGUGGAUACUAUCUGACCAGUGUUUAUGCCAGCCUCAGUCAUAUCCAAAGUGAGCCAGAGGCCGUGCCCCAGACUGGACUCACCCAACAGGUCAGGGAAUCACUGAAGGAAUGGACCCACCGCCGUAGCAGUGAGGCCAAGAACCAGAAAGACAGAAACUUGCAACAGAGGUUUGUAAAAGUUCUCUUCCAGGAUGGAGAGUGUUGCUUGGUAAAGACACUGCAGUGGAAGGCAGGGGUCAGUGGAGAGGCUUUGGCACAACUUUGCGCUGUCAAGUUUGGAGUGGACCAGCCAGAGGAGUACGGCCUAUACUGGAGAAGUGAAGGAGAACUGAUGCCACUGCCUUCUGAUGCUCAGUUUCAGGACUUACAGGGAUUGGGUGACAGCAGUGCUCCCUUUAUUUAUCAACACUCCAGUCAGGAUAUGAAAUCCCGCAAGCUGACAAGAGGGGGUGCUUUGGACCUCUCUGCAGAAGCCUCAUAAUGUGGCUUUGUUCAAGUGAACACCUGACAGUCCACACAGUGGGAUCACAUUUAGAUUCAUUUUAAAUGUCUGGUCUGUUGCACUCACUCAGUUUAAUAUAUGGUUGGAUCAGUGAACACUGAAAGUGGAAAGUGUUGUUUAGUGAUAAUUUCACAGCCCAGCUUUUACUAUAUUAUUCUUACUUUUAGUGCUGAUAAGAGUAGAUUUGCACAUUACUACAAAAUACCUUAUCUCCAUGCUUCUAAGUUAUGACAGACUGCAGAUGCUGCCGGGAACUUGACUUUGCUGUAAUAAAACUGAGGUAUAAGUGUAACUGAAUAAUGAUAGCAAUGCUUUUUUUAGUUACUCUGUAAAUGGUAUAGUGCAGCAUUCCCAAUCCUGGGGCUAUAUUCCAAGAUCUGAAAUCUUAUCUGUAUAGUCACUAUUAACAACUUUAGUUAGGAGUGAAUUUAGGAUUGGAGCCAUUACAGAAUAAUAGGUCCUUAUCUUCCUAACUCCAGUUAGGAAAUAGUAUUACAGAAGCAUCCCAAAUUGCCAUGUUCCUAAAUGGUGUCCUAACUUCAGGGCAAACCCUGAGUGUCCUAACUUCUGUUUUUGGCUAUGAAGCAUAAUUGAAAUUGAUACUGGGAAUUGGCAAUGCCCCAUUUAACAGACACCACAAUAUUUGUAACUUUUUGACAAGUUCAUUGCACUUUGAGUUUGUUUUUCCAUCAGUAACUGUCUAGCUUACUAUAACUUUCUUUACAUUUUGGUGUUUUCAUCUCAGCUCUGCGCAUCCAGUCGGUUGCUUUCGCAGAAAAGAAAAAUCAAAGAGAUCCUAAUAUGUACCUUCUACUAGACACCGAUCAGAUCAGAGCGAAAGACAAUGGAGAAUUGUGUCUCAGUCUUCUGAGCCUCAGAUAUUUCUCCUGAGAAAUCUUUACCUUGGUAAUCUCACAUUUGUCCUCUUGAGUUUUAGUAAAGAUCUCAAUAAAGUCACUCUUUGUGCUCAGGUUUGCCAAGAUAAUAACGUUCAUGUUUAUCUACAACUGAACUAAAGACAGGAACUCAAUUGCAGCAUUAGUCUUGAAUUGAAUUGAACUGAAUUUAGCAUCCAAGACUAAGAGCCUUCACAGUUUUGAUGCUACAAAGUAAAAUAAUUUCAUCUUAACUGAAAAAAGUAAGCAAACUGCUGCCUUCACAUUUUGAGGUUACUGAAGGUCAAAUAACAAAAUGACUUUUGUUCUGUUAAUUUACUGUUAGUAAUAUUAGAAGUUCAAUACAGUCACAAACAAUCAUAAACAAAUUUAAAACAACAUUUUUUAACAGUGUAUGAGUAAGUAUUAUAAUUUUUAUCUGGGCCAGAAGUAUUGGUCUCUUUUUCAGUCAAUUUCUCACAAGGACUUUUAGAAGAGUCACCAUUAAGUCUCCCGAUAAACAGCUAUAACAGACAUAGUAAAUGAUUAUCAACCUAAAUUGAGUAGUUUAGGAUUUUCUAACCUGAUAUAAAAUACUGCAAGAUAAAAUAUAAUUCCUAAAUAAGCAUACUUGCUUCUGUAAUACAAAUCUGUGAAUAGUUUUAGGCUUGUCAGAUAUUAAUUUAUGAGUCAUUAACAAGCCCUUCAAAUGUUUGAGUUGUAGUAAAACACUAAAAUGUGCAGUGCAAAGUACUCCGGAACCAGGAUUGAGAACACUAAUAUAAUGUACAGUAUGAUCUGAAUUGUGUUGUUGUGGUGUAAAUGGAUGCUUUAAAAUGUCUGUUAAGUUUUGAGACAGAUCUGGUUGCUGGAAUUAUUUCAAUUUACCAACUGCUUAUUUAUUUUUUUGUUUUAAGUGUCUGUAUUAUAGGGUUACAUCAAAUUAGGCUUUUGGUCAUUUUAUGGUAAUAAAGUAUGAGAACAAUGAA